CGGCGCCCACUACUGAAUGUACCUGCAGGGUGAUCGCUCAUUAACACUCUAUGUCAUUAUUAUCAUUCCUGAUCCCGUCCUUUCCCUUUCCAGACUUGUAUUGCCGGAAGUGAAAGUCGAACAGGGCGCCAGCCGAGGGCUGACGAGAGUCACUGAGGAACUGGAGAAGCCAGAGUUGAGCGUGGGCGCGGACGGGAAGAAAUACGCACUGUGCGGCGUUUGCAACAAGAGCGUGCGCGCGAGCGGCUGGCGGCGGCAUGCGCGUGCGCACCGCGGCGAGCGGCGCUACAGCUGCCACGCGUGCGGCCUGGCCUUCGCCGACAGCGGCAACCUGGCGCGGCACGCGCGCGCGCUGCACGCGCAGCUGCGGCCGCACGCGUGCAGCACGUGCCGCAAGGCCUUCUCGCGGCGCGCGCACCUGCGCGAGCACGAGCGCUCGCACUCGGAGCGGCGCGAGUUCGUGUGCCACGAGUGCGGCGCCGCCUCCAAGUCGGGCGCGGCGCUGCGCAUGCACGCGCGGCGGCACGCGGCCCCCGCGCUGGGCUGCGCGCAG